AAAAAAAAAAAAAAAUAGCAAAAGAAGACUGGGGUGGGGUGUGGGUGUGGGUGUGGGGGCAGUCUCCUCCUAACUCCAUAGAAUUGGUCGAAUGCAAUUUGCACGAAAGUUGCCGCUAAGGUACACACACACAUAGCAGGGAAGAGAGCAAUAAAAUUUGAGUGCGCGAAGAAUAGUUGUGAUGAUGACAUUCCCGGAACUGAAAACCCAGGUGGAGAAAAUCCAGUAAGGCACCUCCAUUGAUGUUAUUUUCUGGACAAGAUGGAUGCUGAAGUGAUUGAGGUAGACAUGGGAAGAAGGCAAAGAAAUCGGGCAUCCUAUACUCAUUGUAGUGAGGAUGGGGAAGAAAAUUUAACCGAAAAUUCUUCUGUGGGAGGAAUGAGCAAUGAAGUUGACGAUAGGAGUGAGAAACCAUAUGUUGGUAUGGAGUUUGAAUCUGAAGAAGCUGCCAAGAAUUUGUAUGAUGCAUAUGCUAGACGAGUAGGUUUUAGCACUCAUGUUGGUCAAUAUAUUCGUACCAAGCCUGAUGGUCCAAUUGUUUCUUGGGAGUUUGCUUGUUCCAGAGAGGUUUUCAAACGAAAGAACGUCGAAAGCUGCAAUGCCAUGCUUCGCAUAGAUAGAAAGGAUCCAGACAUUUGGGUUGUAACAAAAUUUGUUGAGGAUCAUAACCAUUCGACUGUGAGUCCGAGCAAGGUGCAUUACCUCCGACCUCGAAGGCAUUUUGCUGGAACUACAAAGAGUGUGCCAGAGACAGCUGAUAACCAAAAUGAUAUUAUGGUCUCUGUAGAUGGAAACCAUGUAUUUUAUGAUCCUAUUCCUGUUGUUGGUGACACAUCUCCUAUAGAAAUAAAUCGUACUGUAAGAAAUGCAUCUCCUGCAGAAAAAAUUCCUGUUGUUAGGAAUCUGUCUUCCUUUGAAACUAACCGUGCAACUACAAAUACUAUCCCAUUGAUGCCUGUGCAGUUUAUUCAGCCUUCUAGCAGAAGAAGAACUCUCGGAAGAGAUGCACAGAAUCUCUUGACCUAUUUUCGGAAGAUGCAGGCUGAAAAUCCUGGUUUCUAUUAUGCCAUACAGCUUGAUGAUGAAAAUCGAUUGAGCAAUGUUUUCUGGGCUGAUGCAAGAUCAAGGAUAGCAUAUAGUCACUUUGGAGAUGCAGUUGUUUUUGACACAAUGUACAGACCCAAUCAGUUUCAGGUGCCGUUUGCUCCCUUUACUGGAGUGAACAAUCAUGGACAAAUGGUUCUAUUUGGAUGUGCGCUACUUUUGGAUGAGUCAGAAGCUUCCUUUGCGUGGGUCUUCAAAACUUGGCUCUCUGCUAUGAAUGAUCAGCCCCCUGUUUCCAUUACAACUGACCAAGAUAGGGCCAUUAAGGCAGCAGUCCAUCAGGUAUUCCCAGAAACUCGCCACUGCAUUUGCAAAUGGCACAUCUUAAGAGAAGGCCAAGAAAGGUUGUCACAUAUAUAUCUUGCUCAUCCAUCUUUUUAUGGUGAGCUUUAUAGUUGCAUCAACUUUUCUGAGACAAUUGAGGAUUUUGAAUCAUCAUGGAGUUCUGUUCUGGAUAAAUAUGAUCUGUGGAAAAAUGAGUGGCUUCAAGCUGUAUAUAAUGCCAGGAAGCAGUGGGCUCCUGUUUAUUUUCGUGACACAUUUUUCGCUGCACUUUCAUCAAACCAUGGAGUAAGCUCCUUCUUUGAUGGCUACGUGAACCAGCAGACGACCAUUCCCAUGUUCUUUAAGCAGUAUGAAAGGGCUUUGGAAAAUUCAUUGGAAAAUGAAAUAGAGGCAGAUUAUGAUACAAUGUGUACCACACCUGUACUGAAGACACCAUCACCAAUGGAACAACAGGCAGCUAAUCUCUAUACAAGAAAGGUUUUUGCGAAGUUUCAAGAAGAACUGGUUGAAACUUUUGUAUACACUGCCAAUAAAAUCGAUGGUGAUGGUACAGUUAGUAAAUUUAGGGUUGCAAAAUAUGAACAUGAUCAUAAGGCAUACAUUGUCAUGUUAGAUGUUUCCGGGAUGAAUGCAAGUUGCAGCUGUCAGAUGUUUGAGUACUCGGGGGUUCUCUGUAGACACAUUUUAACUGUCUUUACUGUAACAAAUGUUCUUACCAUCCCAUCACAUUACAUACUAAAGAGAUGGACACGUAAUGCAAGGGCUAGCCUGUCAGAUGAGCAAGAAAUAGAUAUGCAAUGUAUGGAGUCUCUGACGGUGCGUUUCAAUAAUCUUUGUCGGGAAGCACUAAAGUUUGCGGAGGUUGGUGCGGUUGCUGCGGAGACAUACAAUGCAGCUAUGGAUGUUCUGCAAGAGGGUGCAAGGAAGAUUUCGAUGGUGAAGAAAAAUGUAACUAAAAUUAAAUCUCCUAGCUCUCAGGGAAGUGGAAGUUUCCAGGAUAACGGUAGCAAGAAAGCCUCUGUGUCAAUACCUGAUACGGUUCCAUCAUUAUGGCCUUGGCAGGAUGCUGCACAAAAUCGUUUUAACAUCAAUGAUGCUGGACCUCCAGUUGCUGAUUUGAAUCAUCCAACUAUGGCCCCCAUAGCUAUAAACCGUGAUGGUUCACUUGCUGAUAAUUCGGUGGUUCUCACUUGUUUUAAAUCCAUGACAUGGGUUAUAGAGAAUAAGAAUUCAGCGAGUAAAGUGGCAGUUAUUAAUUUGAAGCUCCAUGAUUAUGGCAAGACUCCGUCAGGAGAAACAGAGGUGCAGUUUAGACUUACAAGAGUGACGCUGGAGCCAAUGUUGAAAUCCAUGGCGUACAUAAGUCAGCAGCUCUCAACACCAGCUAACAGGGUUGCUGUUAUUAAUCUAAAGCUCCAGGACACUAAGACAACAAGUGGAGAAGCAGAGGUGAAAUUUCAGGUGUCAAGAGAUACUUUAGCUUCAAUGUUAAGGUCAAUGGCUUAUAUUAGGGAGCAACUCUGAUUUGCAAGAAAUGGUUCGGUUUGUUAUAGUAAACUUGACAGCUUAACAUAGAAGUGACCUGAUUACUUCUGGCAGUGUAUAAGCACUUGGCUCUACCUUCGGAGAUUUGGUGAAUGUUACACAAAACUGCAGGGGGAACGAUCAACUAGAACUUAGAAUGUGAAACUGUUACAAAUAUUUGGGACCGGAAAAAAAAGCCCUGAUUGAUUCGUCUCAUGCCAACGUCCCAUCUCUGUUGUUGUCAUACAGAUCGAAGAUGUACCUAGAGAGAAGAGUGCUCACACAUUUGCUUUCAUCACCUCUUUGAAUUCAGGAAGAUGUGGCAUUAUCCCUUAUACAUGAGAACUUUUUCCAAACAGAAUCAUCUACCUACCGGAUCAAGUGAAAAAUGCUCUACUGAUGGUCUCUGUAGUCUGCCAGCAAAAAAUUGAGACGAUUUAUCUUUGCUUCUGCUCACAUUGCUCACAUUUCCUUGACAGUUUUGCUAUGGUUAAGUUAAUCGGUGAUAAGAACGUAAGAUCCCACUCAGUUAUUAGGCUUCUUUGUUCUCAAGGAAAAAGCUGCUGCUUACAGAGAAGGUGAAGCAAUCUCAACAUCAAUUUGUUUCUUUAUUGGCUAGAUCUUUGGUGAAUUAAGGAUGCCGAAGACUCUGCAGGAUUUGAUAGUGUCUUCUGCAUUAUGAAAAAUAAACUUCAAUGGGAGAAACUCCUAUAUAGAAUUUUUGAGUAAUGCAGUUAUGAUGCCUGUUCAGCACUAGGUCUUGUUCGUAUCAGCUCCCAUAUGGCUAUAGUAAUUCGUUCCCCUGUGAGUUGUUUGUAGUAGACUGGAUGUAGUGGAUUUCGAUGUCCAUGAAACAGUUUUCACCGUUCAACUGUUUUUCAUCCAUGAAGAA